AUGGAGUUUAUGCACUGGAUGGAUUCUUUUGGACCUAACAAUCGGAGGUACUUUGCAGUUUUGGGACGAGGCCCAUCACGCCCUCUUCCAUCAAGUGAGAAACCACAUACGCUUAUUGAGAUGGAUGAGUUCCGUAAUGAUGCAUAUGAGAAAGCCAAGAUUUAUAAGGAGCGAACUAAGGCUUGGCAUGACAAACAAAUGUCAAGAAAAGAGUUCAAGCCGGGCCAACAAGUGUUGCUCUAUAAUUCAAGAUUGCACUUAUUUCUAGGAAAACUUAAAUCCAGAUGGUCAGGGCCAUUCACCGUGGUGAGAGUAUUUCCCUAUGGAGUAGUUGAAGUCACUCAUGAUGCGAAGGGAACAUUCAAGGUCAACGGGCAACGUUUGAAGCCAUAUAUUAAUGGUGGAUUUGAUCAAAAGAAGACCACCAUUCUCCUAAACUCACCAUAA